UUCUUCCGCGUUAAAGAAUAUAAAGUAAAGAAGAAAAAGAAGAAAAAGAAGAAGAAGAAGAAAAAUAAAAAAGCAACCAAAGUUUUAGUUAAAUAUACAACCAAAAAAUAGGUUCUUGAAUCAUCCAAGUCAGUUUAAUUAUCUUUCUUCCAAUCCAAGAAAAUGUCAUCAAAAAAUAAAUACAGUUUUCCUUGUUUUCAUGGUCUUUCCAGAAAAGCCUCAUCAGUAAGACCAGCUCAAUCAAAGAUCUAUAAGAGAAGACAAACCUCUAGUUUGUCGUCACCCAAAUCAUUCCAACCCAAUGGAGAAGAAAUGAAGUGGGUUUUCUCCAAAUAUGACAGCAACAGAGAUGGCAGGAUUUCCCGUCAAGAAUACAAGUCAGCCUUGAAAGCAUUGGGGAAAGGAGCGGAUGAUGCUGAAAUGGCUAAGGCAUUUGAAGCUACUGAUACAAAUGGAGACGGGUUUAUAGAUUUUAAGGAAUUCAGGGACAUGAUGAAUAACUUGGAAGAGGGAGUGAAGAGUAAUGACAUUCGAAGUGCAUUUAGAGCUUUUCAUAGGGAUAGUAGUGGGAAAAUAAGUGCAGAAGAAUUAAUGGAGGUUUUGAAGAUGAUGGGAGAGAGGUGUAGCUUGGAAUCCUGUCGAAAAAUGAUACGAGGAGUGGAUAGUGAUGGAGACGGUUUGAUUGACAUUAAUGAAUUUAUGAACAUGAUGACUCGUACCAUGAAGUCUUCAUAAAGGUAGGAAUUAUGGGUUCAAUCUUUGAGACUCUGAUAAUUGUCAUGUAAGAGCAAGCUAUUUAAUCUAAUUUCAUGUUAAUCACUCAUCAUUAUCAACAAACAAAAAUAUAAUUGUGAGGCUUUCAUAACGUAGAAAGCCACCCCUGGCAAUAUUUUUUAAUACGAAUUUGUGUUUUGCAUUA